GCCUUUCGUUUGCUUCAUUUAGCGAUUUCACCAUGUCCCGGUUCGUUUUGGAGGAGCCAUAUGCUCUCGCACGCUUUCAUAGUACGAUUGCCUCGGAGGAUAUCAGUACACAUUUCGUUGUCAGCCUUCGACCAUUAGAGGAAUCGCUAACAACGAGCACGAAAAAUGAAGCAGAUCAUGUCGAAUCAGAUCAAGUUGCUCUCACUGUCCAAGGAGAAGGCGUAAAGCUUUAUAAUACGGCGGAUCAGAAAUGUACCAAGUCCUGGACAACUCCUCCUGGUGUUGUAUUUGUGGGCCCUGCCAUUCAUCGUGGUGGCAAUCAAGAUGAGAACUUGGAUCAUGUAUAUGCGAUUGUGGCUUCCGGUCCAGAUAUUGCCAAGAACGAGGAAAAGCGAACUAUUUGGCUUUGGCGAGACGCAAAAAUUAACGAGGGCGAUCUCGGUUUGGGCCAACGGAUCUCGAAAACAUUUGAAAAUACCAUUCAAUCCAUCCAUGCGACACCCGCCAUUCCAUCCCACAUCAUCCUCGUUCACGGUAAUGGCGCCAUGAGUCUGGUCACAAAUGAUCUUCAAAAACUGUCGGCUUCCCAGAAGGCGUCAAGUAAGGGCCACAUUUUUUGGUCUUCGGUCUUUGUCACACCCAGAGCACACAGCCGCCCCUGCUGUAUCCCGAAUACGGUUACUCCUCCAUCGUCUGCAGUAAUCAUAGCUGUGCUCCGCACCGAGCGCCCAAAUCGCUAUACAGUCAUAUUGAGCUCUGCAACUGAGGAUGGAAAGAGCAUUACUAGUAUUGCUCAAGUGGAUAUGCAGCUCGAGGAUAAAUUGAUUGCAGUGACAUUUGAUCCUAUGGAUGGUCUUAUUUCAACACUUGAUGCAUCUGGUACAUGGACUGUCUGGCAAUUAUCAAUCAGCGAUAACGCGUCCUCUGUCAAGGCUUCAUUGACCAGUCGUUUCACGCGACACUGGCAAGGAUAUCAGUUCUUUGACGAUAGUCUCGGUAAUGUAGCAGCAAUGGCACCUCUCGCCAACAGUUAUGUUGCCAUAGUCGCUCCUCGGAUCAAAAAGAACAAUGAAGGAUCAGACUACGUAGUCAGUGUAUGGGAUCUUAAAUAUGGUACUCUCCAAGCUGAGCAAUGGGUGCAUCCUCCCGAAAAGAACACGCCUGCUGGAAAGAAAAUUAUCUGCAACAUUGUUACGCUUUCAAACUCACAUCUAGCGAUUACAAUGUCAACAGUGGAUUUCAAAAAGGAAAAGAAGGGUGGCAAAUCAAAGGCGACCAUUGACGCAAAAUCUGUCGUUAUGCUGUGUCCGUUUUAUAGCGAGCCGAUGUCUCUGAUGGCCGCUUUAGGCAAAAUGAAAGGAACUGCCAAAUUUUUGGACGCGCAUGAUAUCGAUGUACAGAGUGAUAAAACCGUCGGGCUCACACACAGUGGUUGGGAUGCUGUUGCAGCGGUGCCAAUGACUUCCAACAAUGAUGACAAAUUUUACAAGAAAUGGCUGCUUGACUUGAAACAGAACCAAACGGAGGAAGAAGACAUCAUCUCUAAACUCACGGACUCCGAGCUCAGCGGCGAAAAGUUCUCCUGCAUCUUCCUUUCAUAUAUAUCACCGGCCUUAUGGUCACAAAAACAACGAUUGGGUCUGGACGAUGGAGGCGAAGCAAACGGAACCGACAUGGAUGUCGAUCAUCUGACCGUGAAUAACCAAAUUGAUCAAACCAGUGGAUUGAACGUUUUGUUCCAACAAAAAGUGGAAAUCAUCAAACAAGAACUGCGGCCAUCUUCAUCGCAACUUACCAAGAAGGAUGUAUCGCAUCACUUUUUAUCUACCAUUACCCGUCGUUGUUUCAGAGAAAAAGACGGAAAACCAGACGCGUCGUUCCUUCCCCUCGAUACUCUCGCUUAUCUGAUAGCGACAAGUAACUUACACAAUUCUUAUAUUGAGGAGGGUCUCGUGAAAGUUUUAUUGAAACGAGAAGCAUGGGGAUUGCUUCCUGUGGUCAUUGCACAUGUAGAUGAUAUACCAGAGACCGAUAUCAUCCUCUUGAUCAAAGAACUCGUUCGUAUGCGAUUGGAGGAUCCGAAGGAGUGGGAUACACGCUUUAUGGACUAUAUGAAGAUUAUUCUCCGGACACCUCGCAACACCAUCUUCCUACAACAAGCCAUGAAACAAAUUACAGCAUCUGAGCUGCCGUUGAUCGUCAGCGCCAUUAUUGCAUCUAUAGAAUUAUAUACUGUACAAGACGACAAAAUCGCACAACCUGAAAUCACGGCAUAUCAUAAAAACGUCUUGGACUUUGCAAAUACUUUACUGGAUAUCCAUUUCCCGACCAUCAUCUUGGAGCCUACCUUCUACGACAUGGUCACCAAGCUGCGAGAAAUUAUUGAUCGCGAGAUCGGUAUCGUAGACGAGUUAGAAGAUUUGAGAGGCAUUCUCGGUCCCUUCAAGCGAAAACAGAUGAUUUUUGCCAUGGAACAUGCAGCCGGAAAAGCGGCAGAAUCAGAAGAAGCUCCACAAGAUGAACUGCAUAGAUAUCGCAAGCUCAAUAGGGGUAAAUUCGGUGGUGAACAAGGCGUUCCAGUGUAUAGAGUAGAAGUAUUCCGUUUUAAUCAUUAAGACAAUAAAAGCAUGAUGCAUCA